AUGGGAGACGUCGAGCAAAUAGUAGAGAAGGAAGAAACUGACAUACAAGCAAAUGUCUUAGCCAUUCCAACGUUUGAGGCGAUGGGGCUAAAGGAGGAAUUGCUGCGUGGCAUGUAUGGAUACGGUUACAAGAAACCCACUGCCAUUCAGAAACGAUUUAUUGUGCCAUUCACUCAGUCCCGUGACCUUGUGGCGCAGGCCUCUUCCGGAUCCGGCAAGACAUCGGCCUUUUGUAUUUGUCUUCUGCAGGUAUGCCAAUCAGCGCUGCGGGAAACGCAAGGGCUUGUGCUUAGUCCCACGCGAGAACUGGCGCUGCAGACGCAAGAUCUCUGCAACAACAUUGGUCACCACAUGGGUCUCGCCGCAUACGCCUCUAUUGGAGGAAAGAGCGUGGAAGAUGACAUACGUCGUCUGGAGAGUGGUGUGCAGAUUGUGUCUGGCACCCCAGGACGCGUGUUUGACAUGAUCAAACGGCGUCACCUGCGUGUGAAUCAUCUAAAGACACUUGUUUUGGACGAGGCGGAUGAGAUGCUUGGCAAAGGGUUCAAGGCGCAGAUUCACGACAUUUACCGCAUGAUUCCGCCGUUGCAGGUAGUCCUUGUCUCCGCGACGCUUCCCGUGGAUGUGCUUGAAAUGACGGAAAAGUUCAUGACUGAGCCUGUGCGUAUUCUUGUUAGGCGUGACGAAAUUACGGUAGAUUCCAUCAUGCAGUAUUUUGUUGCGGUGGAUGAGGAAAAAAACAAAUUUGAAACUCUCUGCGACCUCUACGACACCCUAACCAUCGCCCAUGCCGUUAUCUUCUGUAACACCCGCAAAAAGGUCGAACAGUUGGCGAAGAAGAUGCGAAAGGAGAAGUUUUCCGUGAGUUGCAUGCAUGGCGACAUGCCGCAGGCGGAGCGGGAUGAAAUUAUGCGAAACUUCCGUGAGGGAAAAAGCCGAGUGCUCAUUUCAACAGACUUAUGGUCACGUGGCAUUGACGUGGAGCAGGUGUCGCUUGUGCUGAACUACGAUUUGCCAUUUUCACGUGAGCAGUACAUCCAUCGCAUUGGACGCACGGGGCGAAUGGGCCGCAAGGGUCUUGCGAUUAGUUUUGUGAAGCAUGAUGAGCUGCGGUUGCUGCGGGACGUUGAGCAGUUCUACGCCACGCAGAUUGAGGAGCUGCCUGCAAAUAUUGCGGACCAGUUCUAA